ACCAAGCCGGUGACAGCGGACUUAUAGACAUGACAAAACUAAAAGAGGAACCAUUUUUUUUUUACUUCUGAACCCUAAACAAGGAGUAAUUAAGUAGUCAUAGAAGAACAUCCUUACAUAAUUACACUAACAAUGUUUAAUAACACUACUCUUGAGUGUUAAAUGAAUGUCGGAGUUGUAACACUUACACAGUUGAACUGUUCGUUCAAGGAUGCGAAAACUACCGAUUUUUGUUUCAUUCUUAUUCCUAGCAAAUUCUUGGGCCUACAGUAAUGUGACCAUAGAUUAUGUACCCUUGCAACUCACCAACUUUAAGAUGAAACAUCCGGAACCGAUUGGGCUUCUGACAACCAGCACUGGUGACCCCGUGGAUAUACGAAAAACAUCAACUUUGAAUACAAACAUGUUCGCAAAUUCAUUUUUCACGGAACAGAUUCUGCAUGUAGAUAAGGCGAGAACACCGCCACGACCAGUGCAUGCCAGGGGAUCAGGAGCUCAUGGAUAUUUUGUAGUGACCCACGAUGUGUCUAAGUAUACUUCAGCUGCAGUUUUCAACGGAAUCGGGAAAAAGACUCCAGUAUUUGGGAGAUUCUCCCCAGCAACUCCCAACUUGGGAGGACCAGAACUGAACAGAGACAUAAAAGGUCUUGCAGUGAAGUAUUAUACUGAAGAAGGCAACCUCGACCAUUUGUGUUUGCAUCUGCCGGUCUACAUGUAUAGAAACCCUACUGAUUUCGAUUUUCUUGUUCGGGCUCAAAGAAGAAAUCCUAAAACAAAUAUAAUGGACCAAACUGUUGCUUGGGAUUAUAGAACGAAUAGACCUGAUAUCUUUCACUUACUUUUUUGGCUUUAUUCGGACUAUACAAUCCCCAAUGGAUACAGAAAAAUGGAUAUAUUCCCCAUUCACGCUUAUGAGAUUUAUAAUAAAAAAGGAGAAAGAUUUUAUGUCCGAUUCAACUACAGAACGGAGCAAGGUUUAGCAAACUUGACGAAUGUUCAAGCCCAGGCCAUAGCCAGCCAAGACCAGGACUAUUUUACUAGAGAUUUGUAUAAUGCAAUAGAAAACAAAAAUUACCCAUCUUGGACAUUGGAAAUGGAUGUUAUACCUUUCCGUGAUUUGAAGAAGCUAAAUUACAACCCUUUCGAUGUAACUAAACUUUGGGAAAAAGGAACCUACAAGACAGUAACUAUUGGUCGUUUGGUUUUAGACAGAAACGUUGAUAAUUGGUUUCGUGAAGUGGAACAGAGUGCUUUUAAUCCUAGUAAUUUAGUUCCAGGAAUUUCCGGGCCAAUGGACUUCUUAUUCCAAUCACGAGUAGUUUCGUAUAGAGAUGCACAAGAUUAUCGCUUAGGUGUCAAUCAUAACAAAAUUGAUAUAAAUCUUCCAAAGUAUGCCAAAACUUAUUUGCGAGAUGGUAAUCCUCCCACUAGAUAUAACAUGAAAGACGCUCCUAAUUAUCUGCCAAAUUCCUUUAACGGUCCUGUACCAUACAUUGAUGAAAAUGCUCCUAGCAGAAGACUUUUGGUUUUGGAAAGCUAUGCAGUCGAUUUUGGAAAUGUAGCUGAAUUUUAUAACAAUGUGUUGAAGACAGAAGAAGAAAGAAUUCGUCUAGCAAGAAAUAUUGCCGCUGAUUUAGUGUUAGUACAAGAACCAGUGAAGACGAGAGUUAUAAAAAUGCUAUCUCUCAUAAACGAGACUUUAGCCGAACGAGUCGCUGCCGCCGCCGUGCCUCCGACUCCAAAGAAACCACUGAUGGCAACAAAAGAAACAUACGCGCCACUUGCCAGGUGUAUAGAAGUUUUUAGGCCAUAAUAUGCAAGUGUAGGGCUCAGACCAUGUAUGUGCAUUUCAUGUAAUGUAAAAAUGGAUAAAUCGAAUGUAUUAUAAAGUUAUUUAUAUUAUAACUAAUGCAUAUUUAAAAUAAAGAAAUCGCGCAUUUGGUUUUUCAUUUCAGGCAAAAUAUCCUUUUUAAUGAAAAUAAAAUCUGUAUUAUAAUUACAUAAUCUAUGUACAUCAUGUGCACUACUCAUUUUUAGAUGAAAUGGUUUUAAUAAUAUUCCAAAAAUGAGUUAAUCAACGUUGUCAAUUAAGUCAAAAGUGUGUACACUUAUAUUUAGGUACUAGCAUUAAUUGACAUGGUUUAAAAACAAAUGUUUAUGAAAGAACCUAAUAUUAUAUCUAGGACAAGUCGACCUAUUUUUUAAAUUUAUAUUAUUAUUGCCCGCAGCUAUACUCGUAUAUAGACAUUGUUUUCAUCCAAUUAAAUCAUAUUCAUAAUGUUUAUCAUGGCCUUGAGUAUUACAAGCUAAAU